UAUACAGCUGUUUGCGUGACAUUGAAAUAAAAUCCAAUGCAAUUGAGACGACAAUAACUUUUGUAAGAACUCCUAAAAAACGUAAUAGACACAAUUGAGAUUUGUAAAUAGUGAAGCUGCCAACGAAAAUAAGAAGUGCCAAAGAAUAUAUUUCGUCCAAAUGAUUUUUUACAAAUAGCAAAUUGAAAUUGUAUUGCUUUUAUAAUUUUCAAGAAACACAACAAAGAAAAAGGUUCCUAUUCCAGCAUGGGCAAUGCAGGCAGUUCUAGUAUGCACAGGGAGCGUCACAAGUCUAGUGACCUCUCUACACCCAAUUCACCUUUUCAGCGUGGCGGGGAUGUGGGUGCUGCAGCCGUAAGUGGUGGUCAGGCAUUCACGUUUGAUAAAAAACGCGAUUCAGUAUUGCAGGGCGGUUCGUCACAAGAAGACGACGAGACAACAUCCGAACCGUACUACACGAAGAUAGGCAAAACAACAAACGAACAAAGUGCUGCUUCUGCCGACCCUGAGUUCAGUACAACUGAAUCGCGCAUACGCUCUAGUACCAUAACAGAGGGAACUAACGCCACAAAGGAAGAGAUGAUGACUUCACAGCCAAGUGAGUCCAAUACCAAUGACAAAGAUGACGAAACCCUAAAGGUCCAGGAAGGUAGCGAUGAUUUGGAUCCGCAAGAUUUAAAGAAUCCCUCGCUGCCCACUGUCUUAAGGUGGGAUGGGGGUGGCCAUAAUGUUAUGAUCUGUGGCACGUUCACCAAAUGGAAGCCAAUACCUAUGGUUCGAAGCCAUGGCAACUUUGUGACAAUUAUUGAUUUGCCCGAAGGAGAUCACCAUUACAAAUUUUUCGUCGAUGGAGAAUGGAAACAUGAUCCAAAAUUGAAAAGUGUUGAAAACGAUUCUGGCGAGACCACAAAUUUAGUAUCAGUACGCCAAUCAGACUUUGAAGUAUUUCAAGCCUUGGCCAAAGACAGUGAGAAUGCUGUGAAUAAUGCUGACAAAGAAUAUUCUCAGGAAGUUCCACAGACAAAGCCAUGGGAAAAAGUAUCCGGUCCACCAAUAUUGCCACCGCAUUUGUUGCAGGUUAUAUUGAACAAAGAUACACCACUAUCGUGUGAGCCUACAUUGUUGCCUGAACCCAAUCAUGUAAUGUUGAACCAUUUAUAUGCUCUUUCAAUUAAGGAUGGUGUAAUGGUCCUAAGUGCCACACACCGUUAUCGCAAGAAAUAUGUCACCACAUUGUUGUACAAGCCCAUUUAAGUUUUUAAAGUGGUUAUGGCUAUUGCUUACCACAGGAAGAUAAUGCUUCAGUUAUUAUUAUACAAUUUCAACAUACAUGUAUACCCAGAUAACAAUAACUAACAAAUUUAUAUAUUCUUAUUAACUAUUGAUGUAUGUAUGUAAGUAAACAGUAAUUAUAAGAAAAAAUCGAACUGCAAUUAUAAAUUUUGCUCCCUAUUUUCUAAGCUAAUUUUGAUGGUCACAAGUUUUUUGAUUCGAUAUUCUAGAUUUUCUUAAAAUCAGAUUCAGCUGUUAAUGUUCGAAUUAUGACGUAGAUAUAUUUUGUCCUCCAAUACUGUUUAAAUAAAUUUUUGUUUUUCUUUAACAA